AUGGGCAGCCAAAGUUACGAACCGACCUACGCCGGGGAGCCCAUCGCCAUCGUCGGCAGCAGCUGCCGGUUCCCGGGCGAUGCGUCGUCGCCGGCCAAGCUCUGGGAGCUGCUCCAGACGCCGCGCGACGUCGUGUCGGAGGUGCCGGCCAGCCGGUUCAACACGACGGGCCUGUACCACGCCGACAGCCAGCACCACGGGAGCACCAACGUGCGGCACGCGUACCUCCUGGGCGAGGACCCGCGCGUCUUCGACCGCGACUUCUUCGGCAUCAGCCCCAAGGAGGCCGAGUCGAUGGACCCGCAGCAGCGCAUGCUGCUCGAGACGGUGUACGAGGGCAUCGAGUCGGCGGGCUACUCGGUGCAGCAGCUGCGGGGGUCGUCGACGGCCGUCUUUGUCGGCGUCAUGUUCCUCGACUACCAGGCCGUGUCGGUGCGCGGGCUCGAGAGCCUGCCGCAGUACCACGCCACGGGCGUGGCCAUGUCCAUCCUGGCGAACCGGCUGUCGUACUUUUACGACUGGCGCGGGCCGUCGGUGGCCGUCGACACGGCGUGCUCGUCGAGCCUCGUGGCCCUGCACCAGGCCGUGCAGACGCUGCGCGCCGGCGACGCCGACAUGGCCGUCGCCGCCGGGUCGAACCUGAUCCUGGGGGCCGAGCCGUUUGUGUCCGAGUCGAGUGUACGUCUGUCUGUCUCGUGUCUCGUCUGUCUCUGUCUCGUCUCUUGUCUGUCUCUGUCUCUGUCUCGUCUCUGUCUCGUCUCUUGUCUCUAUCUCGUCUGUCUCGUCUGUCUCGUCUGUCUCGUCCGGUAUCUGAUCCAUCUACCGCAGCUCAACAUGCUGUCGCCCCACGGCCGCUCCUACAUGUGGGACGAGGCCGCCGACGGCUACACGCGCGGCGAGGGCUUCUCGGCCGUCAUCCUCAAGACGCUGCGCCGCGCCCUCGCCGACGGCGACCACAUUGAGUGCGUCAUCCGCGAGACGGGCGUCAACCAGGACGGCCGCACCCCAGCCGUCUGCCAGCACGCUGACCGCGCAGGCAUCACCAUGCCGAGCGCCACGGCCCAGGCGGCGCUCAUCCGGGCCACGUAUGCGCGGGCCGGCCUCGACCCGCGGCGCGCGCGCGACCGGCCGCAGUACUUUGAAGCCCACGGCACCGGCACGCAGGCGGGCGACCGUGAGUGCUCCCUGGCCUCCUGGCCGGCCUCCUGA